CACAAAUACAACAAGCUAUAUAUCCAUGGUGAAACUGCUUCUGGGUUUUAUGCUUGUCCUUGCUGUUGCAGGGACAACGUUGGCCGGGGGCUGCGACGGGGACCGGGAGGACAUGAUCCGGGAGUGCAAGAAGUACGAGAUGUUCCCGGCUGAGCCCAAGAUACCGCCGUCGGCAGCGUGCUGCGCUGUGUGGCAGAAGGCGGACAUCCCGUGCCUCUGCAAAAGGGUCACCAAGGAAGUAGAGAAGGUGUGGUGCAUGGAGAAGGUCCUCUACGUCUCCAACUACUGCAAGAGGCCCUUCAAGCCUGGCUACAAGUGCGGGAGUUUUACGGUUCCUCCACUUGGCCAAUAAAUGGAUCUUGUGAUCAGUAUAUAUGUAGCAUGUGAGACUGUGUUGAAAAUAAUGUACUGUGUACUUUAUAUAUAAAAAGUUGGGAACAAUAUGAAUAUGCGUGGAAGAACAUGGUCUGUAGUAAUA